CAUCCGUUGAUACUUAUAAAAAAUAUCAAUUUCGGUGUUAAAAAGAGUUAAAAUAAUCCGGGGAUAUUACAACUACGUAAUAGGUUGGCUUAUGACGUCAUUCGUGAGUUACACCAGCGUCAUCGGACAGUCUAUUGUGGAAAAUUUACCAGAUCAAGUUAAAUUUCAAGCGUCACAACGGAAACCGUAUUAAGGAUGUCGAUGCAGCAGUUUUGCCUCCGAUGGAACAAUCAUCAGCCAAAUUUCAUAUCAGUUUUCUCAAACCUAUUGAACAACGAGACAUUGGUUGACGUAACAUUGGCAGCUGAAGGCAGACAUCUCCAAGCGCAUAAAGUUGUACUAUCGGCCUGCAGUACAUACUUCCAAUCGUUGUUCACCGUCAAUCCUUGUCAGCAUCCGAUCGUCAUAUUAAAAGACGUCAAGUUUUCCGAUCUGAAAAUAAUGGUCGAUUUUAUGUACUACGGAGAAGUCAACGUCUCCCAAGAUCAACUGCCCUCCAUCAUUAAGACUGCCGAAAGUCUAAAGAUUAAGGGCCUUGCUGAAAUGCAUACAGCCUCUGUAACCAAGUGGCCAAGUGGAAGCAGUGAACCCGGUGGAGGAGAUCGAGGUGAAUCUUGUUCUCCCAGUCCAUCGCCAUUGUCACCGUCGUUGCGACGAAAACGUCUAAGGAAAACAUCUACUGGUUCAACUUCUGGUUCAGGUGAAAAGUCGGAGGAAAUUAAUGAGAUAACACUGGUAGCGACCAACGUCAUCAAACCUGAGCCGUCAAUGAUGUCUCAAGAAACUGGCGAACACUUACGACGACCUUUGAACGCUAGCACGGAAUCACAAGGAAGUAUCGACGAAGACCAGAUAUCAAUUAUGAGCAAUAUGGAAAGCAGUUCUGCUAAUACACCGGCGCAGAGUGAAGCAUCGAUGCAAGAUAUAAGUCAACAAUCCGGGGCUAAUGCAGCACAGAGUUCAGCUGUUUCCCAGCCGCCAGCCCAUCAAGGACUGCAAUGGACAAUAAUGGAGCACACGUAUCCCCGUUUCGCUCUGUCCUCAUGUCAAACGAAUCUGUCGAUCCAAGCACCAUCAGCUUUUACGACACCUGAAAUAACAACGCCGCCACCGGUCAGUGGUCAGUACUCGACUACGAACACGACCGCAUCUAGCUGCGCCCUGACCAACUAUUCAAACUCUUCUCAUUCAACGGUUCAACACUCCUCAGGCGGGACAACGCCACCGGCGCCGUGUACAACAAACUGCCAAAGUCCCUGCGCUAGCCCACAAACCGCAAACAAGCGAAAAAGAUCUACAAAUCCACAAGCUGAUGAAAAUUUUAUUAGAGCUCUCGACGCCGUACGGUACGGAGGUAUAGGUUUUUGCAAGGCGGCACGUAUGUUUGGUGUUAACAAUCGAACUCUUUGGCUCGAGUAUAAGAAGCGAGGAUACCCCAACAAUCGUCCCAGUGUGAAAUCCAGAGUUAAACAAGAAGUUAACGCUUCGCCGCCGCCUCCGACUCAGCUGAGUCAGCCCAUCAAUUCGCAAAGUCCUUCGCCCAUGGGGCCGCCGUCUACGCCGCAUAGUACUCUGAAUGCUCAUACCACGCAUACAAUGCACAUGGCGCAUACACCGCACACCAUGCUCAGUGGUUAUCUAGACAACAGGCAUAGCGAUUUUGCCCUUCAGAGUACAGCGAUGCCUAUCAAUUUACACGGUGUCAAUUAUAAUUCCAUGUGAACUGAACUAAAUUCGGACAAAAACCAGUAUCGUUAUUAAACUCUGACAAACCAUACUUUUCAUUUAGUUAAAAAGAAAAACAAGUAUACCUGCUUGUGAUAAUGUCUCUGUACGAUAUUGUGUGGGGGGGGGGGGGGGUCGUCUUUUUUUUUUUUAAUAUUUUCUUUCUUCCCAUAACGUUGAGUUUGAACUAUAUGAAAAGUGUUAUUCCUUAUUAUUAACACAAUGACAAAGAAAUAACUUUCUCCAAUCAUUUUAAAAUUCGCACAACUUUGUAUAUUCAAUUUAGUCUAUGGAUGAUACAUUUUUUUACGUAUAUUUCCGAACUGUUUGAUAUAUAUAUUUCUUUUUUUUUCAGUUCUGUUAUUUCAAUGCAUCUAUACUUUUUACCUUUAAAAUAAUUUUUACUUUCUAUUCCGUAAUAGAGUUAUAAAAUAUAUACUUUUUCUUUGUGCAAUCUAAAUCUUAUCAACUUUUUUCCUCAGAUGUUAAUUAAUUCUCGUGUGGAAGAAAAAAAGAAAUAUACAAUUUUUAUCUUUUUAUCAUACCGUUGAUGGUAUGAAAAUAAUCCAAAUUAAAGUACGAUCCAGGUGAUUGAACGGCUCUUAAUGAAAAAAAUUUUUUUUUCCUGUUCUUACUAAAACUGUACGUUUUUUUCAGGUGCUUUGCUUUAUAUCAGUUAGAAUAUAAUAAUUAUACAUAUACACGAUCAUUUAUCAGUUGGUGAUCGCAAAUGCUACUAACGCAUAGAUUUUACCUCAAGUCCUUGUAAACGGCACCGUCUCGUUCCAAGUAUCAGGUGUGUUCAACAACUGAUAAAUAACCCUAUAGAAUAAAUAUUGCAUGACGAGAUACGUAUUUAAAGACAUGAUCACCAGCAGAGAGUCGAGAUAAUACUUUCCUUUUUUUUUUUCAGCUAUCAGUUACUAAAAAGUAUUUCCGUUUCGCUUCACAUUUCACCCAGUAUCAAAAUUAAAAGCAUAUUUACAUAUACCUUUUAUGUAGCCUGUGAGAAUCUGCUGCUGUUGUGAACGAUGUCUCAUCGUCUUGAAUUGCGUAUUUAUAUAAGUGUUGUUGGUACCUAACUAAGCAAGCGUGUAAACCUUUUUGUAAACAUCUUAGGGACGUCUAAUUUCUUAUUAAUCAAGCAAUCCGAUUACAUUAAUGGUUAUUACCUUCCUAUCAUUGUUGACAUAUACACACACAUAUAUAUAUAUAUAUGUAUAUAUAUAUAUAAUAUAUAUACACAUUUUUUUAUUUUUUUCAUUUCUCAUUUCUCUUCCUUUUAUGCAAUUCAAAAUUAUUGUAAAAUUACUAUUGUACUUAUGUGCUUAGUUGUAUCGUUAGAUUUUGGCAAAGCUUACAGAAAUAGUAUCUAUUAUGUAUGCGCACAAUCAGAGGUAUUUUGGUCGCUAUAUUUUUAACAAAGAAAUAGCGCAGUUAGCAACAUUCAAUUUUAUCGAUAAUACAUUAGAAACAGCGCACCGGUGAACAGCCUUGCUUUUUUUUUUAUUGUAACUCUUCCUCAUAUUUACUUCAUAUAAGCAUCGUGAGUAAAAAUCUGAUGACCAUACGAAAAGGAACAUGGUCUCUCUCUUGUUUAGCUUACCUGCGGAAAGAUUGCGAAAAAUUGUUUUAUCUGAAUUUGAGAAUUCUUACUGUGUGUGAAAUCGAAUUCAGUGUGUCAGUAAGUUUGGUGAUUCUUUAUUAUCAACGCACAUUCUAUUGGUUGAUCCGAGCACUCUGAUUUUGAAAUUUCAUCAUAUUUUGUGGGCAUAAAUUGUACUGAUCAUGACAACUCAAUUACUGGAAUUAGCUAAAGUCUUCAGAUGGAUAAAAAAUUACCAAGUUGCAACUGUGCUUUGCAAUUUAUGUAUGGACUUUCCUAAUCAACAUCAUAUAAACAAAUAAACAUUCCACUUGAUCAUGCAGUUAAAGUAUUAAUACGCCUCAUUUUACAGUACAACAAAUCUAUCUAACAUUAAGAAGAUGAUGAUUCAUUAACAAUAUAGCUUCCAAAUUAUCGCUGAAUAUCUGUUCUUGGCAAAUAGUGUUUGAGAAAAAAAAAAUUAAAAUAAUAAUAAUAAUAAUAAUAAUAAUAAGAAAGAAGAAGAAGAAAAUAAUGAAACCAACCAUGCGAGAAAAUGUGUAUAUUCUCUAGGACGCUAUUUAUUGAAUUGUGUAAAUAGUUUUGAAAGUCGUAACAAGUUUCAAUAAUACACAUUAGGGCGUCUUUGUACGUAUAUUAUACUAGCUACAUGUAGUAUGAAUUUUAAUUGUUCAAUAAUGAUUAUCCAUGUUCACUAAUUAUUCAUAUAUAUAAAAAAAAAAAAAAAAAAACUUUGUUAUUCAGAGUAGUAUAG